AAGUCAACCGUUACUCCUCUCAUGUGCCGCUUAUUAGAGUGUUCCACCUUUCAAAGCGUUAAUUUGUAGACCUGGGGGUGAAACAGAUUAUUCUGCCUGAAACUUGAGCCUGUAGACUCUGGACCACAGCCUCGGCACCGCUGUACCCGGUUUGGAUCGCUCACCUUGGAGAAGAGAAGGCUCUGGGGAGACCUCAGAGCAGCUUCCAUCACCGAAAUGGGCUGGAGGAAAGCUGGGAGGGACUCUGGCUCGGGGAGGGCAGGGACAGGGCAAGGGGGAGGCUACUUCCUACCGCUCGGUUUAUUCACGGUAAUAAAAGGAGAACCGGGGUGUUGUUUUUCCUGGAGGAGCAACGCAAGCCCGUGCCGCGGGCCCUCCGCCCCCGGAGGCCGCACCAGGAGUUCUGAAGGCUCAUUUCAUCAUGACUUCUCCUGAAGAAGCCGAAACUGAAGAAACAGUAACAUGCCUUCACAUGACCUUUUACCAUCCCUGCCAAAAAGAGAAGCUGAUGUUUCGUUGCUUGAAUUUCUGUAGGCAAGAGCAGGUCAGGGCAGAUGAAUUGGCCAAGUUUGGCCGCGAUUCUAACAUCUGCCAUUAUAACUUAGUGGAUUCUCGUGUUUCUCGCGUUCAGUUUUCAUUGCAGUUCUACAGAAAACUGAACAGCUCAGAACUUACUUUUGAAAUAAAGAACAUGAGCAAGAAAACAAAGCUGACUGUGGACCACACAGAACUGGGUUACUUAAACAAAAUCGACCUGCCACAGAAGUGCAUUAUUUGUUUUGGGGACUACCAGAUUUCAGCAGAGAUUCAAGAAGGGGAGUCCAUGGACUGUUUUCAUACUUGUUUACACUUAGCUGAAGUGCCAGUCUUACAAGAAAGAUGCUUGCCAUCACUGCAGCCUGUACCGGAGAGCGGCAUUUCUUAUUCGUCGUUUCCUUCCCAAAGCAAAAGUCCCACAGAGAGUGAUGAAAAUGAAUCGUGCUAGCAGGAAGAAAGAGGUCCGAUCAGAUUUUGAUCAUCUGAAACCUGCACAGACUCCGGAGUUGAAGGCUGUCAUCUCACUCCACUGUUCUUCAUGGUUCUCAUCGCUGCGCAGCAGUCACCUUACUUCAUGUUUUCAGCACAGACAUACCAGGACGUACUUUGUUAAACAGAAAGAGUUCUGCCACUGUCUUCACCAGAGCAUACGUGCUCUCUGAUCCCCAUUUGCCACAUAAUAGUGUGGGACACAGAGGGCCACUCAAAUCCAUCGCAGCAGAUUCCAUUUGGGAACUGUGGCCAUGUGCCUUAAAGGUGCUAAUUACUAUAGAGCAGGCAUUAACGUAGAGCAUGCAGAACAGUGCUGUAGCCCCAGCAUGGGUUAGCAAAGUAGGGACAUAAUGUCUUGCUGUAUUUAUUGUACUUUGUGCUUUGCUUUCGACAUGAAAUUCCAAACAGUAUUUUCAAGCCUAUGUUGUAGCUUAGAAACACUUCGUCCUUUGCAGUUAAUAUUUUUAUUAAUUAUGCAGGGAGAUUUUUCCUCUGUUUUUAAAAUUAAUUAUGUAUUUUUUGCAUGUUAACUACUUCUGCUUGUAACUGUAAGUAAACACGCAGCAUCAGAGAUCAUGGUGUGUAAAAAUCCAGAUAAAUUUUGUAAUAAAAGCAUCCGGUUGCCUAAUAAGGAUUCGCUGUCUCCUACAACUACAAUCUAAAAGCAGAUAUGGUGAAUUAAAUUAUUUCCAUGACAACCCAGAUAAGAAGUUUUCACUGGCACUGAUCUGGGCUUUCUAGAAGUGGCAUUGCUCCAAGGUAAGAGUUGCCCAAGAUACUUCCAGCAAGUUUUCUAUCUCUACUCCCCACCCCAGGCUCUCUUACAAUUU